GCAGAUUUUAGAGCAACACCGCCAAGGAUGGUCUUCUGUGCGCUGAAGCGAGAGCUCCUGAGGACCGGGUCUGCAGUCUGGACCGGGCUGCUGCAGAGGCCGACCCGUGGCUGCGUUUACUCCAGCGUCCACGGCUUUGACCCGGACGAGGUCCGAGACCAGCUGCGGGCCUUCCCCGGUGGCUCCGUGGACCUGCUGAAGCAGGACUCUGGUGUCGCCGUGCUGACCGUCAACAACCCGCCUCGCAUGAACGCCUUCUCCGGCAGCAUGAUGGUGGACCUGGAGGAGAGGGUGACCCAGCUGGAGAACUGGGCUGAAGGGAAAGGCCUCAUCGUUCAGGGUGCUGCUGGGACCUUCUGCUCUGGAUCGGACCUCAACGCUGUCCGAGCGAUUUCCAACCCACAGGACGGGAUGAAAAUGUGCAUGUUCAUGCAGGACGCUCUUACAAGGCUGCUCAGGCUGCCUCUGGUUUCUGUUGCUGUGGUGGAGGGGAAAGCUUUGGGUGGAGGUGCAGAACUCCUCACUGCCUGCGAUUUCAGAUUAAUGACACCGGGCAGCGUGGUCCAGUUCGUCCACAAACACAUGGGUCUGGUACCGGGCUGGGGCGGCGCUGCACGACUUGUCCGCAUUGUCGGAAGCCAGAAUGCUCUGAAGCUGCUGGGUGGUGCUGUUAAAGUGGACUAUGAGCUUGGAGUGCACAUCGGACUGGCAGAUGGAGUUCUGGAGGACAAUCAGGAAGCCGAGGGUGCGGGAACCCCCCUGCAGCGGGCUGAGAACUGGAUCAGCCGCUACACCGAAGGACCCGCUCCGGUUAUCCGGGCUGUGAAGAAAGUAGUGGUGUCAGGGAGAGAGCUCCCUCUGUCCGAGGCUCUGAGGACAGAGAAGGACGUGUUUGGGACAGUGUGGGGCGCGCCGGCUAAUCUGCAAGCUCUGGCCAGGAAGUCCAAACACAAAUGA